AUGUUUCUGCUCCUUUGCUUCACCACUUUGGUCUCACCAUGUUUUUCCACACUCGUCAAAAACAAUGGACCUGUUAUUGGGCUCAUGGCUCAGGAUGUUAGAAGUCAGGAAGCAAAUGAAAUAAGCUACAUCGCUGCGUCUUAUGUCAAAACCCUGGAAUCGGCUGGUGCCAGGGUCCUUCCGAUCAUGAUCGACCAUACUGAGGAGGAGUACAAAGAAAUAUUCAACAUGAUUAACGGAUUCUUUCUCCCUGGAGGAGCCGCCAACAUUUUUGACUCUGGUUAUGCUACAGCUGCAAAGAUAUUCUAUGAUCUAGCCAUUGAGGCUAACAAAAAAGGAGAUUACUUCCCAAUUUGGGGCACUUGUCUGGGAUUUGAACAGCUUGCCGUUAUCACUGCUCGCAAAAAUGUUUUAGUGAGAACCAACACCACCGCAGUGUCUCUACCUUUGGAUUUCACAACUGAGGCUAACGGGAGCAAGCUGUUUAGGGAUUUCUCUCCUGAAAUGAUGAGUGCACUGGCCACUGAGCCGAUGACGAUAAACGCACACAAGUGGAGUGUGUCGAUGGAGACGUACCACGAGAAUGAAGACCUGAACAAGUUUUACAAAGUGCUGUCCACAAACACUGAUGGAAGAAUAGAGUUUAUUUCCACAUUUGAGGCAUACGAUUACCCCAUAUAUGGUGUACAGUGGCACCCAGAGAAGAACCCGUACGAAUGGACCAGAGACUUCUAUGUCCACACCCCAAACUCCAUCAAGAUGACUUUUUACUUUGCCGAUUUCUUUGUCAAUGAAGCCAGGAAAAGCAAACACACAUAUGAAAAUGAAAAGAUGAUUCGGGAUUUGCUGAUCUACAGGUAUCAUCCCAACUACACCGGGGAAACUACCAGCGUAUUUGAGCAGAAAUAUUACUUUUAUGGUCGUGACCAGGACAAAAUAACUGAUCCUGUCAAAGUAACUGAUCCCGACAUCAUAGGGCAAGUCUAG